AAAUUUAUUAUCUUUAAAUUUAUGUUUUCACUAUUGUGUAUUUUAUACUCUAAACUAUACUAUUAUAUUCCCUAAAUUAAUGUUAUAUUUACUAUAUAAAAUUGGAAAAAAAUAAAACUCAAAAUUUACACAAUAACUUGAUUAUUUUUGAAAAAUAACAAUUAAUAAUUCCAACAAAUUAUUUUGUUAAUUUAUUUUUAAUAUGUAAAUUAUUCUAUCUGUUGAUUAAAUGAUAAAAAAUUUGCGCCGUUACUGUCUGUUUGACUUCCUGAGUUGUCUAUUUUUUUCAGUGUUUUUAUUAUACUUUUUAGUCUUCCACGAUAACACCAAGAGCGUUGAUCUCCUAACCCGGAAAGUCACACUACUACACCUUCUCAUCAACCCUACCAAACUUCUCUUUCACCUCCUCAUUCUACCCGUUAUCACCUUUUUACCCAUUAAAUCCACUAACUCCACUCACACUAGUACUGUAGCUCGUGUGUCCAAGAUAUUACAGAGUAAUUUGAGGACUAAGAUCAGGGUAUUAUUGUGUUUUUUUGUGGUUUUGGCGUUUUUGGCUUUUGUUCUCACUACUAACAAUUCGGUGACUUACCUAGUAAACUAUCUAUUCUACGCUCUAAUGUACACUGCCGUGGCUCUCGGGACUCUUGUGCACUUUUUCAUUCCUAACAUUAGUUCAGAUGUGAGUAAUCACUUUCCUAGCAGUACAGUGAGUAAUCUCAUUCCUAGCAGUACAAUGAGUAAUCUCAUUCCUAGCAGUACAGUAAUGAGUAAACAGGUAACAGCAGUCCUUGUGUUACAGUGUGUAAUGUUAUUGGUUGGGGUUUGUUUUGGUAAUUAUCUGUUACUGCUGGAUUGGUAUCAGUUAUUUGCAAGGUUCCCAAUUACUAACUUGGUAGGCUUAACCACGGGACACUUUCUUUCCUCUCUCUCCUGCAACAUCGCACUCUACUCUCGUAAAUUACAUUAAUUUGUUCACUAAUUUA